AUGGCCGCCUCGAUCGCCCCCGAAUGCAAUGACAUCAAAGAUCAGGAAACUUUAGCGACUAAGAUGAAGCUGCCCAGAAAAUAUGACACUUGCUUUCUGAAGUGGUAUAGCGAGAAAUAUCUCCGUGGCAACACUUCAUCGAAUGACUGUGAGGAGCUAUUCAAGAAGUACAAGACCUGCCUGAAUAAAUCUCUUAAGGAGAAGGGCAUUGACACGAUGCUGGAUGACGCUCGAAAGAGCAGCAGUGAGACCGAUUCCGAGUUUCUUAAGAAGUCAUGA